AUGAACAAAUACAAUAUAUACGCGUUGCUGCUAACGGCAUUUCUGGGCUGCACUCUGGGAAAGGAGCUAUGUCCAGGAUCAUCAGGAGAGAGGCGCGCUGUGGUACACUUGGACGAGGGCUGCUGGGAGCAGGUGUUGAAGGGCGAGUGGAUGGUGGGCUUCUGCUUGCCCCUGGCUAAGAACUGCAGCCAGUUCGAGAGUGUGUGGACCGACUUUGCCACUGCAAUGCAACGGAAUGAGAGCCGGGUGGAGGUGGCUACCAUGCUGAUUGAGUAUACCGGGACCAUUGUUGCACGUUUCUCGGUGAACCGUGUGCCCAGUAUUCUUCAUGUACGUAACGGAUCCUUCCGAGAGCUACCCGUAGCUUACACCGUGGAUGAGUUGAUGGAGCUGGCCCUGUGGAAGUGGAACAAGAUCCAGCCGAUGACCUUCUGGCGUCACCCCAACGGCUGCAUAAUAGAAGCAAAAGUCCGCUACCUCCAAGCCAUCGAAAUGGUCUUCAACACCAAGCUCUUCGGUGGUGACUACAAUCGGGCCAGCUUGAUCGUGGGUGUCUGCAGCUUUCUGCUGUUCUCUGCUGCAGUGACAGCCGCCUGCGCAGUGUAUUCUGCUAUAAAGGACCUGCUGAAGCCCAAGAAGAUCCAAGUCGAAGCCCCUAAGAUGCAGCCUCAGUCGUCAACUGCAGUUUUGGAAACACUGAAAUCAUCAGAACAAAAUUUCGAUUCUGCCACUAGCUCAUGUUUGAAGCUAACCAAAAUUGAUUGA